GAAAGGAAAAGAAAAGAAAAGAAAAAUAAAAGGGGAAGGAGUGAGGCCGGGAAAGAUGGGUAUGAAGGAAGUGUUGUUUGAGAUGCGAGCUGACUCCCGGUGGAAAGGGAACCUUCUUCGUACUUCUUCUUCUCUUUCUCCUUUUGAUUCUCAUUCUUCCCACUAAUUAAACUUUCAUCCUUCUCUUCUUCCAUCAUUCUUUUAUCUGUUGUUGUUUCCUGAAACUACUAUUACCUUCUUCUUCUUCUUCUUCUUCUUCUUCUUCUUUCUUCGUCUUGUUUUCCUGUUUCAGAUUAAAGGCUUCAACUUCUUAGUUUGCGCGAAAAGAUAAACUUAUCUUCUAUUAAGGGUCAUCUUUAUUUUGUGGUUUCUUAUGGGGUAAUGCCAGAACCGAUUUCUGAAUGCUUCCUUGAUGAAUCAGUGAUCGGUUGAUAAGUGGGGUCAUUAGCAUUCGAACUUGCGAUUUCUGGGUUUCGAGAAAUUUCAGGUCUUUACUGUAAUAGUGGAAAUUGUUUUGUGGGUUUUCGUUAUCAUGUCAGGAUUUUGGUGUAAAUAAUUUUAGAUUGGUGAGUCUUGGUCGUUCGUCGUCGAUUCCUCCUUUGAUAUUAUUUGAAUCUUGGAGGAUUUGCUCCUAUUUUUAACUUUUCAAAAUUCCCAAAAAGAACAAAAGAAAAAAAAAGGAAAAAAAAAAAGAAGCAUUAGGAAUCUGAUUUAGAUAAUUUUUGUCAUCCCCAAUUUUAUCGUGGGUUUCUAGCGUUACUCAUUACAUAUUUUGUAUUUUUAGACACUUAAAGCAAUUAGUUUUCCCGUACCAAAGGAUAUAUAUAUAUAUAUAUAUAUAUUUUUUCAUUUGGUUUUGUUAAAGAAAAUGUCCUAUACUCGAGUUUCAAAGAGGAGAAAAAAGAGGUAGAUUAAACAUUUUUUUGUUUUGUUUUGAGGCACUAGUUGAAUUCUCUGUUGGGCGAUUACAUCUUAUGGGAAUACCUGAUAGUUCACUACUAGAUCUAAUAGAAAAGGUGAUGUCUUGGGUUUCUUGGGGAGGAAGUGAUUUACAAGUUUUGUCAGUCAAAAGUGAUAUGCUCAAUAACAGCAGAGAAAUGUGUUGUGAGUGUCACAGAAACCUCAAUGAAAUGACAAACAAGUACAGUUGCAAAAGCUGUGGCCGCUGGUUGUGUGGGAAAUGUAUGCGAGUUGCUGAUAUCCCUGAUUCUCAAUCUGAUAACCUGGAAUUCAGGGAAACUGUCAAUUCUUGCAAGUUCUGUUCUGGUGAUGAUAGGAAGUAUGAAGGUGAGAGGAAGUAUGUUGAGAAAGUGCAUCCUUCAGCCUCUCCUCAAGAGACUCCCCGGCAAAGUCCUGAGCCGCCAUCGCCAUGUUUCAGUGCUCAAAGUGAAAGAACCAGUUCUCCUAUGAUUUGUAAUUUGAAGAAGGGAAAUCAUUUUGAAUGCUAUUUUCAAGACCAAGAUUUUAGGUAUUAUCUCCAGGGGAGUAUGGACUCAUCUGGUGCUCUUGCAUCUUCAGUGUCUACUCAUCAAUCUGCGGGCAGGAGCGAUGAAGAUGGGACUGAGGAUUUUGGGAAGCACCAUUUCAGCCAUUCAAGUACAUAUUGCCAUAAUGAUUCGGAUAUAGAUACUAGUAGUGUUAGUGCUAAAAAUGAGACUUACAGCAAUAAGUCUCCUUCUGAGAGCCCUUCUAGGAUUGAUUUUACUUCCUGUAGGGUUGGGCUUCCUGUACAGCACGGACAAGAGAGGAUCCCCAUCUCUCAGUAUGAUGGUCCCUUUGAGAAACAAACUACGGCUGUUUUAGGAAAGCCUGAACAAGGGACGGAGGAUGCAUAUAGUACUGGUUAUUUCUCUGAUGACUUGUCAAUUUUUCGGAGCCAAAGUGAGAGUUCUCAGAGGCCAUUGGAUUUCGAAAACAGUGGUCUUAUCUGGUUCCCCCCUCCACCUGAUGAUGAGAAUGAUGAUGCAGAAGAUACUUUCUUUCCAUAUGAUGAUGAGGAUGAUGAUGUUGGUGAUUCAGGUGCCUUGUUCUCAUCCAACAGCAGCCUAACUAAUGCUUUUUCUGCAAAAGAGAAACAAAACGAGGGAAACAGAGAACCACUAAAAGCUGUUAUACAGGGUCAUUUUAGAGCUCUUGUUUUACAGCUUUUACAGGGAGAGGGUAUCAAAGUUGGUAAGGAAGAUGGUUCUGAAGACUGGCUUGACAUAGUUGCAACAUUAGCUUGGCAAGCUGCUAACUAUGUUAGACCAGAUACUAGCAAAGGAGGUAGUAUGGAUCCUGGUGAUUAUGUAAAGGUUAAAUGUAUAGCAACUGGAAGUCCAAAUGAGAGCACCCUUGUCAAAGGAGUAGCUUGCACAAAAAAUAUAAAGCAUAAGCGCAUGACCUCACAAUAUACAAAGCCUAGAUUGCUUCUAUUAGGAGGAGCAUUGGAAUUUCAGAAAGUUCCGAAUCAACUGGCUUCUUUUGAUACUUUGUUGCAGCAGGAAAAUGAUCAUUUAAAAAUAAUUAUUUCAAAAAUUGAGGCUCUCCGGCCUAAUGUUUUGCUGGUGGAAAAAAGUGUAGCUCCAUGUGCCCUGGAAUAUCUACUGGAGAAGGAAAUUUCAUUGGUGUUGAAUGUUAAAAAGCCAUUGUUGGAGCGCAUAGCCCGCUGCACUGGUGCACUUAUCACUCCAUCAGUGGACAGUUUAUCUAAAGCACGAUUGGGGUACUGUGAGCUGUUCCGGUUAGAUAGAAUGGUAGAAGAUCAUGAGACUGGCAACCAGUUAAACAAAAAGUCAUCAAAGACCUUAAUGUUUUUUGAUGGUUGCCCUAGACGUUUGGGUUGCACGGUCUUACUGAAAGGUGCAUGCCGUGAAGAUCUAAAGAAAAUUAAACAUGUUGCUCAAUAUGCAGUUUUUGCAGCCUAUCAUUUGUCACUGGAGACAUCCUUCCUUGCUGAUGAGGGUGCAACCCUACCUAAAAUGAGAUUGAAACACUCAAUGGCUGAGCCAGAGAGGUCAACAACUGACUUCAAUAUGUCUGUAAUGUCUGACACCCUUACUCCAACUAUGUGCCCAUCAGAAACUGAUGCUAUGGCUAAAGUGGAUGAAUUAGAGGGUCUUGAAUUAAAGUUUGAGGGUUUGGGAUCAGCAUCCGAAUAUCUUGAUAAUAUCAAGUUUCCUUUUGAUGCAUGCGCCAGAGAUUAUAGAACUGGAAACAUGCAUUUCGAUGCAUGCCAGAAUGAUUUAACAUCUAAUUUGACAGGGGAAUCGGGUAAUUCUUAUCCAUGUGAUGAAUCAAAUGGGGACUAUAUGCCUGCUUAUGGCAUGAGAAACAAUUCACUGUCAGACUUGCAAGAAUCCACGGUUCAAGAGGAUAGGCAGUUUGGUGAAAUUUCUGAAUCAACAAAAGAUAAUAUUGAAGAGGAUGAACUUUCUAGUGAAUACUUUUCUGCCACUGAUAGUCAUCAAAGCAUCUUGGUGUACUUUUCUAGCCGCUGUGUAUCAAAGGGAACAAUCUGUGAGCACUCAAGGUUGCUGCGGAUAAAGUUCUAUGGCUCUUUUGAUAAGCCUCUUGGGAGAUAUCUUCGUGAUGACCUGUUUGAUGAGACAUCUUGUUGUCGGUCUUGUAAGGAGCCUGUGGAGGCCCAUGUCCUAUGCUAUACACACCAGCAAGGAAAUCUUACAAUCAAUGUUAGGCGUCUUCCCUCUGUGAAGCUACCUGGGGAAAGAGAUGGCAAGAUUUGGAUGUGGCACCGUUGCCUGAAGUGUCCUCAUGAGGAUGGAGUUCCACCUGCAACCCGAAGAGUGGUUAUGUCUGAUGCUGCUUGGGGGUUGUCUUUUGGAAAAUUCUUGGAACUAAGCUUCUCAAACCAUGCAACUGCAAAUCGAGUUGCACCCUGUGGCCAUUCUUUGCAGAGGGACUGUCUUCGGUAUUAUGGGUUUGGAAGCAUGGUUGUUUUCUUCCGGUAUUCUCCUAUUGAUAUUCUCUCUGUUCAUUUGCCUCCAUUAGUGUUGGAAUUUGAUCACACUCAGGAGGAGUGGAUUAGAAAGGAGUCUGGAGAGCUUUUGAAUAAUGUUGAAACCUUGUACCGUGAGAUAUCAGAUGUGCUUGAAACCUUGGAGAAAAAGAGUUCAUUUCCUUGUCUAGGAAAUGAGCGUUCCGAUUCUUGUGACAUUUGUAGCCAUAUAGCAGAGCUGAAACAUAUACUUGGAAAAGAAAGAAAUGAUUAUCAAAGUUUGCUGCUAUCAGCCACAGCAGAGACCUCACACCCAGGGAUGACAGAUUUAGAUAUUCUUGAACUAAAUCGCUUGAAACAUUCUCUUCUAAUUGGUUCACAUGUUUGGGAUCGCCGGCUUGAUAACUUGGAUUCUCUUAUUAAAGGGAGUUCUACUACCAAUAUUAAGCACGGAAACAAAUCUUUUGCAGAGGAACCUUUUGAAAGUCUUAUGCUCAAACAGAAGGAUGAGGCGGACAAACCUUGUGCUUCUGAACCAUCUACACUUGGUCGUCCUGAUGGAGAGGAAGCAAAUUCAGACAAAUCCAAUCUUUCUGAGAGAAUAGAUUCUGCAUGGACUGGAACAGAUCAACCAACUUCAAGUGUUGAACCUCUUCAUAUAUGUGAAGCAGAUGGUCCCCAAGCUGAAUCUAUAAAACUAUCAAGUCAAAAUGAUAACUCUUUUAGAAGAUUGACACAACCAUUGAGACUUCAUUCUUUUGAUUCAGCUAUAAGAGUUCAGGAACAGUACAAGAAAAGCUUGGCUCUCUCUUUACAUUUAUCGACACUUAGAUCUUUUCACGCCUCUGGAGAUUACAGGAGCAUGAUUAAAGAUCCUUUCUCUAAUGUUUUUGAGACUCACUUCCAGACGUUGCCCUGGGAGGCUCAGAAGUUAAAUCUGAUAUUAAGUUCCACGCCGACAUUCAUCUCCACUAUGUCUCACAUCUUUGAAGGUGUUCGAUUACUGCAUUCCCAAACUCAUCGUGGUGAUAGAGUUGUUGCUGUUUAUGAUAAUGAUUUGUCUAGUAUAAUAUCCUAUGCCCUUAGUUCUAAGAAAUAUGAUGACUGGCUUACUGAUAAGUUGAAUCUGCAUGAUGGAAAUUGGAUUACUCGUGAGAGAAGCAGGGAAGAUUUAGCUGCUUCCACCUUUUCUGCCUGGGGCAUUGACUUAGAUUAUAUCCAUUAUAGUAACUAUGGGCCUGAAGAUGCGCCAUCUUCUAUUGGUACUCUUCUCUCAGAUUCCAAAAAAUCCUCACACUUGCAAAUUGCUUUUGGCGAUGACUCCUUGGUUGCUGGAGGGAAAGUGAAAUUUUCUGUCACUUGUUAUUUUGCAAAACAAUUUGACUUGCUUAGAAAAAAGUGUUGCCCUAAUGAAGUGGAUUUUGUACGGUCCCUAAGCCGGUGCAGGAGGUGGAGGGCACAAGGAGGCAAAAGUAAUGUAUAUUUUGCGAAAUCUUUGGAUGAAAGAUUUAUUAUUAAGCAAGUCACAAAGACAGAGUUGGAUUCUUUUGAAGAAUUCGCUCCUCAGUAUUUUAAGUAUCUGACAGAAUCCAUUAACUCAGGAAGCCCAACUUGCCUUGCAAAAAUUCUUGGUAUUUAUCAGGUCAGCAUCAAAUACCCGAAAGGUGGCAAGGAAACAAAAAUUGAUGUGAUGGUAAUGGAGAAUCUCUUUUAUAAGAGAAACAUAGCAAGGGUAUAUGAUCUGAAGGGCUCAGAGAGAUCUAGGUACAACUCGGAUACAACUGGGACAAACAAAGUCAUGUUAGAUAUGAACUUGUUGGAAGCCUUAAGAACCAAACCCAUAUUCCUUGGGAGCAAGGCCAAGAGGAGUCUUGAAAGAGCCGUUUGGAAUGACACAUCCUUUCUGGCGUCCGUGGAUGUCAUGGAUUACUCAUUGUUGGUUGGGGUGGAUGAUGAACGUAAGGAGCUGGUUCUGGGCAUCAUUGACUUCAUGAGACAAUAUACAUGGGACAAACAUCUUGAGACGUGGGUGAAAGCUACUGGGAUACUAGGUGGUCCAAAAAAAGCUGCUCCCACCAUUGUUUCUCCUAAGCAGUACAAGAAGAGGUUCAGGAAGGCUAUGACUACCUAUUUUCUCACUCUACCAGAUCAGUGGUCUUCAUGACGUACAUAAAAAUGUAUCAUCAUCAUCAUCAUCCCAUUUUUCCUGAUGCAAUGCAUUGAUUGGUUAAUAAGGAUAAGUUGGUGGCGUUAUAUGAUUAAUUGUUCAUACAUAUCCCUCGGCAGAGUCUUGUAACUUUGAACUUAUUCUUCAACACGAGCUCAAUGAAAUUGUGAAGAUUCCUUCUAUACUUCUUUUGUAUCACUAGUUUUGAGAUUCAUUCCUUCACACUGUAGCCCUGAAUGUACUCUUUUUCGUGUGAUGUUAAACAAUGACAUGCGUUGUUUAUGAUUUA